GCAUUGAGGUACAACUAUCUCUGUUUACUUUGCUAACAAGGUUUCUCUAUUUUCAGUUCUGAAAAUGUCUCUGAUUCCAAGCUUCCUUGGUAACCGACGAAGCAGUGUCUUUGAUCCUUUCUCUCUCGAUGUUUGGGAUCCUUUCAGGGACUUCACUUCCUCUUCCCUGACGACACCAACUACAGAAACCUCGGCCUUUGUGGACACACGGAUUGACUGGAAAGAAACACCGGAAGCUCAUGUGUUCAAGGCCGAUGUUCCGGGGAUCAAGAAAGAAGAAGUAAAGGUGGAGGUGGAGGAUGACAGGGUGUUGCAGAUAAGUGGGGAGAGGAACGUGGAGAAGGAAGACAAGAACGACACGUGGCACCGCGUGGAACGGAGCAGUGGGAAGUUCAUGAGGAGGUUCAGGCUGCCCGAGAAUGCCAAGAUGGAUCAGAUCAAGGCUGCCAUGGAAAACGGUGUACUUACUAUCACUGUUCCGAAGAUGGAAAUGAAAAAGCCUGACGUUAAGGCUAUUGAUAUUUCUGGCUAAAUCCUUAAACUUGGAUUACUCUGUUUGGAAGUAGU